UUCUCACGAAGUUAAAACGAAAACAAGUAUUUUCUAAAGACCAACAACUGAUCCUACGAAAAAUGGCAAUGCCGUGGAUAUUUAUCAAAAGUAUUGGUGUCUUUAUCGUAACCAUGUCAACAAGCAUUUUGAUCCAAGGGAGAGUUACAUUUGAAAAGUCAACCAACAUAGAUUACCCAGGAGCAACGUAUUUUUCAAUCCGCAACGUUUCCCUAUACGAAUGUCAGAGCUGGUGCAGGUUAGAAGAGGACUGUGUGGCCGCUAGUUUUAGCUUUGUUGUCAAUCCUUUGGCACCUUUACAGGAUACCGUGUGUACCUUACAAAACAAGACCACAUCUGGAAAACCAACCGCUCUUCCACAACGUAGUGUCAACACUUACUACCUUACAAAGGUCAAUAUUAGAUCAGAAAGAGUAUGCAACCGGUUGUGGACGUUCGAGAAGAUUCCUAAUGCCAUUAUACCCGGGAUGGAUAACGCCAUUCUCUACACAGCGAACAAGAAUGCCUGUCUUGCAGCUUGUCUGAACGAAGAGCGGUUUGUAUGUCGCUCAGUAGAGUUCAACUACAUAAAGCUUAUAUGUCAUCUCAGCGAAUACGACCGGCGCUCACCAGGAGUCGUUGUGAAGUUGCUAGAGCAACCGGGAAUUGAAUAUUUUGAAAACUUUUGUUUACGACCCGAAGAGAUAUGUGAUACCGAAGGAAGGAGUUACAGUCACCUACAAACCGACCUUCCUCAAUCAUCUUUGGCGCACUUCGUUGGCCUCUAUUACUACUCAGACAAAGAACUUUUGGUAAACGCCCAGAAAGAGUGUCUACUGAUGUGCAGUUUGGAAAACGAGUUCAUCUGUCGGUCAGCGUUAUACUCACCGAAUGCUCGUAAAGGUCACUCUAACUGUGCUUUGUACCAUAUAGAUCAUGUGAUGUUUCCAGACGGAAAAAAUACCUACUCUGCUCCUAGUCCCAUCCCCCUACUUGACCUUGGUGAUCGUUUUGGAAUAUAUCUAGAAACUACUUGUGAAGAUAGCAGCGCCACACAAGAAGUUAAAGAAAACAAAAUACCAACUCUUCGAAUACCACCUUCUAGUGGAUCACAGAAGACAUCAAAUUCACCCGUGUUUACUUCCGAUAAUGGUGAUCCUUCGUGUGAUGAUUAUGGAUUUUGCUAUGACGUAUCAGUCCAGUGCACAGACGUCAAAAUGGUCGUCUUCGUCCGAACUAACAAACCCUUUCAUGGACGAAUCUACGCUUUAGGUAGAAGUGAAACUUGUCGAGCGAACGUCCACAACGACCAACAAUUUCAGCUGGAUGUGUCACUGAAGGGCCAAGACUGUAAUACUGAGUCAGCGGCGGGAGUGUUUACUAACACUGUAGUGCUACAACAUCACAGUGUUGUCAUGACGAAAUCAGACAAAGUCUAUAACGUUCGUUGCACCUACGAAACAACGUCUAGAAACGUAUCAUUCGGAAUGAUGCCUGUCAUAGAUAUGGAUAUGACACAACUCACAGCUGCACCUGAAGCUCCAGUACCAUCGAUCCAUAUUCUGAUGCAGAGCGGUAGAGAAGCAACUACUGUUCGGAUAGGUGAUAAACUAACUUUCCGAAUUGAGAUUACCGGAACCAGUCCUUAUGGAAUCUUCGCCAGAAGUUGUGUGGCUAUGGCAAAAGAUGGAAAAAGUGUGUUUAGAAUUAUAGAUAAAGAUGGGUGUCCUGUUGACAGUUCCAUUUUCCCAAGGCUUACCCAGGUUGGGCAAGGGUUGGAGAGUAAUUACGAAGCCUUUCGCUUCACCGAAUCUUAUGGGGUUAUUUUUCAAUGCAACGUCAAAUAUUGUAUCGGAAAAUGCGAUCCGGAGAUUUAUCAUCUUUAUAAUUCUUCCCCAUCUUCAGUAGAGUCACAAUCUAAGUUCUUUGUUGAAAAUUCUGGAAAUGUGAAGUGA